AUGGAAGGCUUACAAGAUGAGGUUAUCAGGUUAAAAGAGGAGCUGCAGAGAUCCAGUUCUGAACAAUUUUUCUUGUUGAAGGAAUUAGUGACUAAAGAAAUGGAAUUGGAGAAGUCAACACUGUCCGUAGAGAAAUUGAAGGAAUCAAUUUCAUCCAUGGCAUUAGAGUCUGAAUGUGAGAUUGAUGCUGUCAAUGUGAACACCGGAAAUUUUUCUCAGAAGGUUGAAGAGUGGCUAGAAAAGAAGGACAGAUCACAACUCAAUGGUCAGUCUUCCUUGAGCGAACAAGAGAAGGGUUCAGACAUAUCAAAGGAUAUAAGUGUUUAUGGAGAAGUAUUGGGUCCACUCCUUGGGAGGCUAUCUUUGGCGUUGGAAACAGAUGCAGAUAUUAAAGAGGAGAUGCAGAAGAUGUCACAUCAGAUGCAAAAGUAUAAAACACUUGUGGAGAAACUUAAGGAAGAAUUAAGAGAAGAAAAGUUGAAGGCCAAAGAAGAAGCAGAGGACCUUGCUCAAGAAAUGGCAGAGCUUAGAUAUCAAGUUACAGGUUUGUUAGAAGAAGAACGUAAGCAUCGUGCUCGCAUUGAACAGGCAUCCUUGCAAAGAAUUGCCGAGUUAGAAGCACAGCUUCAAAGAGAACAGAGAAAAUCUUUAUUUGCUGUCCGCGGUCUCCCUGAAGUGUAGAAACUGGAAUUAUUCAAAGUUUUUCAAGUUCAUCAGAAGAGACUCAUCUUAGAGAUGUACUGAAAGAUGUAGGAUGUCUUCUCAUGUCUUGGUUCCUGGAGAAGAGAAAUGAAGUGGCUGUACAGAAGAACUAGCUCGUGCGUGUCACAG